AUGGGCGCUGUCUGCUGUCGGCCUCAGCCCAUUGAUUUUGAUGGCGACGUCAACCUGUUCCAUUUCAUCCUUCUGCGAUGCGUAGGGAAAGGCGCCUUCGGCAAGGUCCGAGUCGUCCAGCACAAACAGACCCGGGACUUGUAUGCGCUCAAGUACAUCAACAAAGCGAAAUGUGUCAAGAUGAAGGCGGUUGCGAAUAUCAUUCAGGAGCGGAGGCUGUUGGAGGAGAUUGAUCAUCCCUUCGUUGUAAACAUGCGAUAUGCCUUCCAAGACGAUGAGAACUGCUUCUUUGUGUUGGAUCUCAUGCUCGGAGGGGACUUGAGAUUCCAUUUGGAAAGGUUAGGUUCUCUACCUGAAGACGUCGUUCGCUUCUACAUCGCGGAGAUUGGGUCUGCUCUCUCGUUCCUCCACGAGCACCGGAUCAUCCAUCGUGAUUUGAAACCAGACAACAUCCUGCUUGACGAACGUGGACAUGCACAUAUCACCGAUUUCAACAUCGCCGUUCACUAUUCGGAGAGGCGUCUACUGACGGGCGUUGCGGGCUCAAUGGCGUACAUGGCUCCGGAGAUCCUCGCCAAGCGUGGUUAUACCUACACCAUUGAUUGGUGGACCAACAGCGACCUGACACACAGUAUCUCCAAGGACGCCCUCCGGUUCCCUGAGGACGCGGAGUCCAAGUGUAGUAGGGCCGGUAUUCAGGCGUUGAAAGGGUUUUUGGACCGUGACCCAACAAGACGACUGGCUUGCAAACCCAACGGCGAGGGCUUCCUGGAGCUCAAGAGUCACCCGUGGUUUUCGACUAUUGACUGGGAUACUCUUGACACGAAGGAGCAGACCGCUCCGUUCAUCCCUGACUCCAAGAAGGCGAACUUCGACGCCUCCCAUGAGCUGGAGGAGCUGCUCUUGGAAGACAAUCCCCUUCGUGCUAGGCAGCGCAAAGAGCGUGACAUUACCAGUCUGAGCGCUGAGAUGCGGCAGAUGGAAGAGCAAUUCACGCCGUAUGACUUCAAGAACAUGCAACGACGGUCGUAUUAUCCCCAAACACAGAUCAUUUCUACCGUCACGGCCACAUCGUCGACUGGACCUGCGUCUUCGCGGCCUGUGACCCCCAUGACCAUCGCCAAUGACGGGGCACAAGAUUACCCUUUCAAUCAGAAACAGAUGCUCGACGAGAACGGCCAACGCAUCUCGGACGCUCCGGUCGUUGAGAUGGCCGACAUGAGCGAAAAGGGACAAUAA